UAAAUGGAGGCCAGUGAUGGGAUUGGCAGAGAGGGGUGGAGGACACUGAGUGGAGGCCAGUGGAGGGAUUGGCAGAGAGGGGUGGAGGACACUGAAUGGAGGCCAGUGGAGGGAUUGGCAGAGGGGGGUGGUGGAUACGGAGUCGGUUGGCCGGAGGAGUCUGGCCGCUGAGUUCAGGAUAGACUGAAGUGGGGAUAGUCUGUGAUGAGGUAGGAGAGGAAGGCGGGCACUAGGACCCAGGCGCACCUGACAUCAAUGACGGUGCUGGGUGGGCUAUUUAAAUGGGCCACUGCAGG